AUGUCAAAAGAUGCAAAUUACGAAAAAUAUUACAAAAAUGCACUGAAAAAAUUUUCAGAAGUCGCAAAUGAAACAAAUUCGACAACUACUCCUAGGUUACUAUCGUCACCACCUCUCAAGUAUACGUCCGUUUCAAAAAUGAAAGCAACAUAUUCACAAAUUAUGCCAUUUUCUCAUGUCCAAAAAAAUCAUGACCUUCAACAAAGUCAGCAUUGUUCAUUUAUCCAGCAAACAAAUAAUUCAUAUACAAAUCAAUAUGAUUAUAAUUCCAUUCAACAAGAUCAUAACUCACUUACUACUCAAUUUUAUCCUAUUCAGCAUAAUGAUAAUCCACAAAAUAGUACUUCAACUACGAAUCGACCUUGUCAUAUUAAACAAAGUAAAAAUUCUCUCGUGAAUCAAUCUCAAAUUAUUUCUCAACAGAAAUCAAAUAUAGAUUGGCCUGAAGAAAUCGACGGAUGGGUAUAUAUAAAGAAUUCGGAUGAUGGUAAAGCGGAUUUGGACGAAGUUGAUAAAGUCGAAGACUAUCAUUGUGUAUGCUGUAAAUGUGCGGAAUGCACAAUAACUGAAAUUGGCUCACCAAAUAUUACAACAAUUUCAUCUCGAUCAAUUUCAACAUUGAAGAAUAAUACCACCUCUAAUCAUACAACUACCAUUUCAACUUCUACACAAGCUUUAUUGAACACCAGAAAGUUGAGUGAUGCAAUGUUUGAAGAUGAUGAAAUGUAUUUAAUUUUAUGA